AUGAGCAUCAUCCCAGAAACCGACGCCGAAUGGGCAGAGAAGCUAUCAAAAAUGAAAAAGACCUUACCAAGCACGCUCUCCGCAACUCCAAUCCCAACAAGCAUCCACCACACAAUAGACCACACCCUCCUCUCAACCCCAAUCGAACCCAGUCAAAUCGACACCCUCUGCCAAGAAGCUCUGGACUCCAACUUCGCAACCGUCUGCGUGCGCCUCGAGCACGUCGCCCGUGCCGUCUCCCACGUCAAAAACUCCACAACCGGCGUCGCCUGCGUCGUAGGCUUCCCCGAGGGCACACACCCGACAGCCGACAAAGUGCGCGAAGCGCAAGAGGCUGUUGCGCAGGGCGCCGCGGAGCUCGACAUGGUCAUUCGAUACUCGCUGUUGAAGGAGGGCCGGUACAAGGAGGUGUAUGAAGAUGUGCAUGCGGUGCGGAAGGCGGCGCCGGCGCCGACUAUCCUGAAGACGAUUUUGGAGGCCUCGUUGCUUAGCGAGGAUGAGUUGCUUGAUGCGACGAUUGUGUGUUGUUUGGCGGGCGCGGAUUUCGUUAAGACUAGUACUGGGUGGCAUGGCGGUGCUAGUGUUGAGCAGGUGAGGUUGAUGCGGGCUGCGGUGGAUGUUUGUGGGGUUGCGUGUAGAAUUAAGGCUAGUGGUGGGAUACGGAGUGCGCGGGAUGCGGUUAAGAUGCUUAAGGCUGGGGCGCACAGGAUUGGGACCAGUUCUGGGAUGAAGAUUAUGCGCGAGGUGAAUGAUGAGGAGGAGGUUUUGGAGCAGGGGUGUAGUCAUGAUGCGUAUUGA